GACAGAAGAGUCUGGAGCAUGCAUUCAUACCAAAGCCAGCAAUGCAAGUCUGGUCGCAGAAUCGAACGAAUGAUACGCGCGACACAAUCACAGCCCGGUCACGACAACGGAGAGAUCACCGUCAACCUCCAACUGGCCCCAACACAAAUUCUCGGAUUUCUGGAUAAUCAUCCGGAUAGAUGUCUUGAAAUGUACAGACACUUUGGUCAUGGACCUCUCGGGACCAAUUAUUCCAAGGCGGGUCGAGUACUGUUUGCGGCAAAGCCACAUCAUCGUGAUCACGCAAAAACCACAAAAUAUGAGGGGUUCCUGAUAACGUCAAACAUAAAUUCACCAACUUCCACAUCAUUUCGACUCAAAAUAAGCGCCGAAAUACAAGCAGAGAAUGGUACCGAAAGAAACUCGCUGGGGUAUCCUAGCCACCGGCGGCAUUGCCGAGACAUUCACAAAGGACCUCCAAAUCGAUCCUGCGACACGCAACGUCCAGAACGUCAAGCACGCCGUUGUCGCCGCAGCCAGUUCAUCCAGCCUUUCCCGAGCGCAAGAGUUCCUGAAGACAGUCGGUGCUCCUGCCUCCGCAAAACCGUACGGAUCAUACGCGGAGCUUGUCAAGGACGACAACAUCGACAUAAUCUACGUCGCGACGCCACAUUCGCACCAUUACCAGAAUGUGAUGCUCUGCCUGGAAGCCGGCAAGAACGUCCUCUGCGAAAGGCCUUUACCGUCAACGCAGCGCAAGCCAAGAAACUCGUCGAGACGGCCCGGCAAAAGGUACUUCCCAUUAUCAAUCUACGUGCGCGAGGCCAUCACUUCCGGCAAACUGGGCACAGUCAUCCGUGUGUCCGCCGACAAUUCCUUUGGCGUCAUCCCCGAGGAAACGUUCGACACCGGGCACCGGAUGGUAAAUCCAGAUCUAGCCGGCGGCAUCUUGCUAGAUACGGGCAUCUACAGCUUGACAUGGGUUUUCCAGACCCUGUAUCUGACUCAAGACCCCAAAACGCGCAAGCCACCGCACGUUCUUUCCAGCAUGCAAAGGUACCCGGUCACGGGCGCCGACGAGCUGACUACCAUUCUACUGACUUUCCCGCGAGACCCUCAAGAGGGAGGCGAUAUGCACGCCACUGCCACAGGCGGCUUCCGAACCUCUAACGACAUCGAUGGCAAAGGCACGGCCGGCCCCGCCGUGCGCAUUCAAGGGACAAAAGGUGAAAUGCAGGUGUGGGCACCGAUUUUCCGCCCUACUCGCACGCGACUCGUUCUCAAGGACGGGACGACUGAUGACAAGAACUGGCCGCAGCCCGGGCCCGGUCAGGGAAGUGGUUGGUACAAUGGGUUUGGGGCGAAGAAGAAUGCCGAGGGCGAGGGCCAUGGCAUGUUCUGGGAGGCCGAUGAGGCUGCUACGGCCUUGUUGGAAGGCAGGAAGGAAGGCAAGUACGAGAGUCUCGACGAGUCGGUGCUUAUCAUGGAGGUCAUGGACGAAGUUCGAAAGCAAAAUGGAUUGACUUAUCCGGAGAAGAUCGAGACAACAGAACGCAUCACGCUGUAA